AAGCAACACGUGGGGUUUGCAAAAGUGCUCAUUUAGUGUGGAGCAUUUGAGUGAGACGCAUUUUGAGACGGACGGUCAGUAAUUUAUUAAAAAAAUGUGAAUUGUUUUUAAUUUACUGUGUGGAACUUGCAUUUUUAACAAAUUUGUAGAAGUAUAUAUAUAACUUGUGGCUAAUUCCGAAUAUUAUACGAGUGGUACAUCUGGAAAUUUUCCACCGGCAUUCAAGCGGCUGCAGGCAAAUUUUGAAGCAUUUUGCGCACUUGAUUUGACGAGCAAAAAGAAACAUUUUGCCAAAUUUUCGAUAAAAAGAAGAGUUUAUUUACCUGUGUCAAUUAACAUAUAUAUACAUACAUAUUUUAAUUAGUGCCAAACGUUUUUGUUCGUUUCACACGAUCUUAUAACAAUGGAAACAGCAACAAACGAUGUUACCACCAAUGGCUUUGAAAGUUCGUCGGUGAAAAGUGUAGCUACAAGAGUUAAUGGAGACGAACUGCAGGAUGGCCUUUCAUGUACUGAACUUUUCGCUGGCAGUGAUGGAUUGACUUACAAUGACUUUCUUAUCUUGCCCGGCUAUAUUGAUUUCGCCGCUGAGGAAGUAGAUCUGAGUUCACCUUUAACAAAAGAUAUAACAUUGCGUGCACCACUAGUCUCAUCGCCUAUGGAUACUGUCACCGAGUCAGAUAUGGCUAUUGCAAUGGCACUCUGCGGUGGCAUUGGUAUUAUCCAUCACAACUGCACACCGGAAUAUCAAGCGAAUGAGGUGCACAAAGUCAAGAAAUACAAGCAUGGAUUCAUACGUGACCCCUCAGUUAUGUCCCCUGAGAAUACGGUUGGUGAUGUGCUUGAAGCGCGCCGCAAAAACGGCUUCACCGGUUACCCCAUAACAUCGAAUGGUAAAUUAGGUGGCCGUUUGAUGGGUAUUGUGACAUCGCGCGACAUUGAUUUUCGUGAAAAUCAGCCAGACAUCAAACUGGGUACUAUUAUGACCACCGAAUUGAUCACUGCACCGAAUGGCAUCACACUGCCCAUGGCCAAUGCCAUAUUAGAGAAGAGUAAGAAAGGUAAACUGCCAAUUGUAAAUGAAAAUGGUGAGCUGGUUGCAUUGAUUGCGCGCACCGAUUUGAAGAAAUCUCGUUCAUAUCCGAAUGCCUCGAAAGAUAGCAACAAGCAAUUGUUGGUGGGCGCUGCUAUUGGCACACGCCCAGAAGAUAAAGACCGUCUUAAAUUGCUGAUUGAAAAUGGCGUUGAUGUAAUUGUAUUGGAUUCCUCGCAAGGCAAUUCCAUUUAUCAGAUUGAAAUGAUAAAAUUUAUCAAGAACACUUACGCAGUGCAAGUGAUUGGUGGCAAUGUGGUGACACGCGCCCAGGCUAAAAAUCUAAUAGAUGCCGGUGUUGAUGGUUUACGCGUUGGCAUGGGUUCCGGGUCGAUUUGUAUCACCCAAGAGGUUAUGGCCUGCGGUUGUCCACAGGCCACUGCUGUCUACCAGGUCUCCAUGUAUGCCAAACAGUUUGGCGUGCCAGUUAUUGCUGAUGGUGGUAUCCAAUCCAUAGGUCAUAUUGUAAAAGCAUUGUCACUGGGAGCGAGCGCUGUUAUGAUGGGUUCACUUUUAGCCGGUACAUCCGAAGCGCCUGGCGAGUAUUUCUUUUCGGAUGGUGUACGCUUGAAGAAGUACCGCGGUAUGGGUUCACUGGAGGCAAUGGAGCGUCGUGAUGCUAAAGGCGCUGCCAUGUCACGCUACUAUCACACAGAAAUGGAUCGCACAAAGGUUGCACAGGGUGUGAGCGGCAGUAUUGUCGACAAGGGUUCAGUACUGCGUUAUUUGCCCUACUUGGAAUGUGGACUGCAGCAUAGUUGCCAAGAUAUCGGCGCACGCACAGUCAAUGAAUUAAGAUCAAUGAUUUACAAUGGCAAGUUGCGUUUUAUGAAGCGCACACACUCCGCACAGCUCGAGGGUAAUGUGCAUGGUUUAUUCUCCUAUGAGAAACGACUAUUCUAACAGCCAGCGACAGCUUGUGCGCGUACCGGUAAUGCGUUAACUGCAAAUAGUCUGGUGCAGGGGCGCAAUGGUAGACUGGCGGCAUAUUUGCAGCGGAGUGGGACGUUGGGAGGUGGUGCAGCGGCAGCGUUUAGUGCAUACAAUACAGCGACGGGCACAGCAACAACACAGCGACGUCGGCAGUAAUAUAAGCGCUGUGUAGUAACGACUAUAACAACAACAAAUGUAUUAAGUGACACGCAUUGACAUUGUAUGAAGUAGUUCAAAACCGUUAUGAUGACAAAAUUGUGACAAUGCAAUACUGUUAAGUUGCUGUGGUUGAAUUCCCUUAAAAAAAUAUGCUUAUUGAGUAGUUAAUUGUAUACGCGCGCCUUAGAAAUUUUAUUCUUUGUUCAUGCCAGAUACUUAUGUAUGUGGUAAUGAAAACCUUAGCUGAAGUAGAUGGGAACUAUAUGAAACUAUUUGUACUUAGAAAAGUUCUGAAUACUGCUGUAUUAAGGAGUAAUACUAAAAUAUUUACUAGAAUUGCCUAUUUGUAUUUAUUCAGUUCCAUUCAAUUAAUAUUUAUUAAAUGCAAUUGAAUACUAAGUCCUAUUUUUAGUAUUAAGAAAUAGACAAUUUCAAAAAUUUUGUUGCAAAUUUGUAAAUUCAUAAAUAGCAGCGACAUAUUUGCCAACAAUUGGAAUGCUUUUAUUUUUUCUAAAUUAUUAUAUAAUAAUAGCUUACCUCAAUUAGCUCUGUACUUCAACUGCAAGUGUUGUUGAGUUGUUUUAUAUUUUUAUCCAACAAAUAGACAUUUAUUGAAUUUUAAUCACUUUAUUAAAUUUAUUAAAUAGGGAUGCAAAAUUGUACCAACUACAUAAUUCAUAUACAUACGUAUGUAUGUCGAAAUAUUAUACAAACAUAUUAAAAAACAAAAAACUGCGUGCAAGUAUGGAAAAAUUAUGCGCAUACUUCGGCAUGCAGAAGCGGAGGAAUAUGUAAUUUUAAAUUAGUUUAACAAAUUUGUGGUGUUUUAGAUUUUAUCGAUGUUAAAAAAAUACAUACAUAAAUAUAUUAGAAUACAUGCAUUACAUACAAACAUACAUACAUAUGGAUAAACAUUACAUGCAAUUCGUAAUUCCUUAUAAAUGUGAAGAGAUACAUACAUACAUACAUAUG